AAGAUGCUGUAUAAAAAGGAAAGCACACUCGAGCCAUGAUAACAAAUUGAAGAUGGACUUUUACGCUAGCAGAUUAUGUGCUGUUAUACUUGUCACCAUAGCAUGUCUGCAGCCAAUACUAACAGCAGAGAACUACCGUUGUUUCCGGGCAAAUAGAGGGCUAUCCAGUGGCUGUAGUAUCCCUUUAUUUAAAAAGUUUCCUUACAAAAGAUCAUUCACGCCACCAUGCCAGCGUCACGAUAUUUGUUACGGAUGUGCUAGAAAAUUCGGUAAAAGCAGAUUUUACUGUGACAAUCUUUUCUUACGAGACAUGCUGAAAGUUUGUAACAGGAUGUCAUUUCUCAAGAGAGUAGGAUGCAAACAUUUUGCACGUCGUGUGUAUUAUAAAGCUGUUCGUACUGCAGGUGCACUAUUCUUUAGUAGGACCCCAAAGUCCGAAUGCAACCGAAGCUGGGUGCGCAGUUGUUUUCCGUGAA